AUGCCACAAUUUUCAGUAGAUUUUUGCCUAUUUGAUUUAGACGGGACCAUUGUUAGUACAACAACUGCCGCAGAAAGUGCCUGGACCAAACUAUGCCACCAGCAUGGGGUCGAUCCUGUCGAAUUAUUCAAGCAUUCUCAUGGUGCAAGAUCACAAGAGAUGAUGAAGAAGUUUUUUCCAAGAUUGGAUAAUAGGGACAAUAAAGGUGUUAUUGCCCUAGAAAAGGAUAUGGCUGAUAGUUACUUGGAUACUGUUAGUCUCAUCCCUGGUGCAGAUAAUUUGUUGCUAUCGUUAGAUGUAGACGUUGAGGAUGAAAAGAAGCUACCAAAGAGGAAAUGGGCUAUUGUCACUUCCGGUUCUCCGUACCUGGCAUUUUCAUGGUUCGAGACAAUAUUGAAAAAAGUUGGGAUGCCCAAGAUUUUCAUUACCGGGUUUGACGUGAAGAACGGUAAGCCAGAUCCUGAGGGAUAUGCAAGGGCCCGUGAUUUAUUGCGCCAGGAUUUGCAAUUGACUGACAAAAAGGACUUGAAAUAUGUUGUCUUUGAAGAUGCGCCUGUGGGCAUAAAAGCCGGUAAAGCAAUGGGUGCAAUUACCGUGGGCAUAACGUCUUCGUACGAUAAGAGUGUUUUAUUUGAUGCCGGCGCAGAUUAUGUGGUAUGCGAUCUAACGCAGAUCUCCGUGGUUAAGAACAAUGCAAACGGUAUUGUCAUCCAGGUUGAUAACCCAUUGACCAGGGAUUAA